AUGUCUAACAACUUUGAUGAUGAGGAUGCUCCUCCGGAGUUGAUCGAUAUCUCUGCCAUGCCGGCAGAUCAGACAUCUCUAGAAGAAGCACCGACUGCUCGUGUGCCGAUCACUCUCGUAACAGGAUACCUUGGCGCAGGUAAAACAACCCUAUUAAAUUACAUUCUCACCGAGAAACAUGGCAAGAAAAUUGCCGUCAUCAUGAAUGAAUUUGGUGACUCAACGGACAUUGAAAAACAACCAAUGUCCGUAAACAAGGACGGCCAAGAAGUAACAGAAUGGAUGGAAGUUGGCAACGGCUGCAUCUGCUGCUCAGUGAAAGACUCGGGUGUAAUGGCUAUCGAAUCCCUGAUGGAACGCCAAGGCACAUUCGACUACAUCCUACUAGAAACAACAGGCCUAGCAGACCCAGGCAACAUCGCCCCAAUCUUCUGGAUGGACGAGGGACUCGGAAGCUCCAUCUACCUCGAUGGAAUCGUCACUCUCGUCGACGCAAAGAACAUCAUGCGAUUGCUAGACGAGCCCGCAGCCGAGGAGAAGGCCGAGGCGCAUGAUAAGCAUCAUGAUCAUGGUUCUGGGCCUGUGUUGUCGAUGGCUCAUAUGCAGAUCUCACAUGCUGAUGUUGUUAUCCUCAACAAGACGGAUCUUGUUACAGUUGAGGAAUUGGAAGCUGUGCGCGAUCGUGUUACGUCUAUUAAUAGCGUGGCUAAGAUUCAUGUUACGGAUCAUAGUCGCACGCCACAGAUUGAGGGUGUUUUGCUGGAUUUGCAUGCUUAUGAUCAUCUGGCGGAUCUAGAUUUCAGUAAGAAGGGUCAUAGCCAUAUGGAUCCGGCAAUUUCCACCACUGCUAUUGUCACACCGCCAAUCCCAGCUGAUAAAGUUGACUGUGUCGAUGCCUGGUUGCGCUCUGUUCUGUGGGAGUCCACAUUUCCUGCACCUGCCAAGCCGAUUACAACAGAGCCACAUCCCGACAACUUCGAGAUUCAUCGGUUAAAGGGAAUUCUGGUUCUAAAAGAUGGAACAAGUCGGAUUAUCCAGGCCGUGCGGGAUGUAUUUGAAAUCCGGGAUGCGGAACCAAUUGAACAUGACGAGGAAAGGAUUCAACCACUUCAGUGCAAGAUUGUACUGAUUGGACGAGGACUUGGUUCAAGCGUCGAGCCCUGGCUCGAGAGCUUCGAAUCAUGCGUGGCGGGCAAUUAA